AUGCCAAAUUUAACGAGACAAUCAAUUGAACAUUUUAUUCAACUUCAACCAAACACACCAAAAACAAUGACGAAGACGACGACGAAUACAACAGCUUCUAAAUCAAUAUCACCCUCAAAAUCACCUCGUCUAUUUAGACGAUCUAAUAAUCAUUUAACUCGUUUAUCAUCAUCAUCAGAUCGAUCGGAAGAAGACGACGUUUCAGAUCCAAAAAAUCCUGUCUUUCUUUCGUAUGGGCUGAAGUAUCCCGAUUUUUCAAUAAAGACUCAUUGUCCACACUGUAAUAAAUAUGUGCGGACUAUUGUACAACACGAGAACGGCACUUGUGUUUAUGUGUUGGCGUCCGGUUUAUUUUUAACGACUGUUGUUCUCUUUUGGGUACCAUUUUUUAUGGAUGCUGUAAAAGAUGUUAAACAUAGUUGUCCGAAUUGUCGAAAUUACUUGGGAACGAGACAUCGUCUAUAA